UAGUCACAUCCCUCCACCACCUCCACCUUCCCUUCACAGACAUGCAUCUAUAAAUAAAAUUGCAUGCCUCAGUAUCUUUCCUACCUCCUCUUUCUCCUCCUCAUUCAUAUUCUCUUUUAUUACAAGUUGGCAUCUUUCUUAAGCUUUGGUCAUUGAAAUGGAUUUUCUUGGAGUCUUUGUGGUCACCAUUCUAUCCAUGUUAAACACUGUUCAUGGCUAUGCCGGUGGAUGGUCUAGUGCUCAUGCUACCUUUUACGGUGGAGGCGAUGCUUCUGGCACAAUGGGUGGAGCUUGUGGCUAUGCAAAUCUUUACAGCCAAGGUUAUGGCACCAACACAGCGGCAUUAAGCACUGCUCUUUUCAACAAUGGACUGACUUGUGGAGCCUGUUUUGAGAUCAAAUGUGUAAAUGACAACAGGUGGUGUCUCUCAGGAUCCAUUGUAGUCACUGCAACAAACUUCUGCCCUCCAAAUAUUGCCCUUCCAAGCAAUGCUGGAGGCUGGUGUAAUCCUCCUUUGCAACAUUUCGAUCUUUCACAGCCUGUUUUCCAGCAUAUAGCUCACUACAAAGCAGGAAUAGUCCCUGUCCAGUACAGAAGGGUUGCCUGCAGGAAGAGUGGUGGGAUUAGGUUCACCAUCAAUGGUCACACAUACUUCAACCUUGUCCUUAUAACAAAUGUGGGUGGUGCUGGUGAUGUAGUGGCAGCGGCCAUUAAAGGGUCUAGAACUGGAUGGCAACCGAUGUCUCGCAAUUGGGGCCAAAACUGGCAGAGCAAUGCAUACCUUAAUGGCCAAGCCCUCUCUUUCAAGGUGACAACAAGUGAUGGCCGCUCUGUUAUCUCAACCAAUGUGGCUCCUCCAAACUGGUCCUUUGCCCAAACCUUCACUGGGAGACAGUUUUAACUCUCCUGAAAACUGAUUAAUAUUGGAUUCAUCAGCUCUCUUUACUAAUUGCAGAUGUUAAGUUUAUUGUAAAGUUUCUAUGCAAUGACAAUAGUGUCACCACAGGACCUUCUAGUUCUAGAGAUGGCCCUGAAUGCCUUUUUUAAUGCUGUUACAUUUCAGUAGUAAAUCAUAUAUAUCACAAUACCAACAAGGGUUGGUCCAGAGAUGGUCUCUGCCAGACCAAUCUCCAAGUUAGAAUUAUUCUGAUAACUCAUGGAGGAAGAUAAGAGAGUGUGUAAUUGCACAAGCUUCAAGCUUGUGGCUUGAAAUUUUAUGGAUAAAGUUUCAGAAUUAUUAAUUAUUAA